AUGAAAGUUUUAAUCAAGAUACGUAUAAAUCAGACGACCAAGAGAAAGAAGAGUGUUGUAUCUAUUAAUUCAUCUGUUAUAGUUUGUUUGAAUCUGUCUGUCUCUGACAAAAUGUUGGUGGAAUAUAUGGACAAAAUACCGUUAUCAUAUACAAGUCAAGCUUUGGUAUUGGCUGCCAUAGUCGGCUAUGUUACGUAUAAGUUAUUGAAAAAAAAACAUAAGUUACCUCCGGGACCUCGUGGGUUACCCCUUGUUGGUAGUUUAUUAACUAUCAUGGGAUCGAAGAUACCUAUGUAUAAGUUUAUGUUUAAUUUGAAGAAAGAAUAUGGACAAAUCGUUACUGUUCAAUUAGGUCCUGUGAAAAUGAUUGUCCUUAAUGGUCCCGAUGUAGUAAAGGAAACCUUGAUAAAGAAAGGACGCGACACAUCUGGUAGAAUGAAAACACAUUCUAUCCGGGUUCUUUCUGACAAUUUUAAAAGUAUCGUGGCAAGUGAUGCUACUCCGACCUGGAAAAUACAGAGGAAGCUAGCUCUUCAGGGAAUGAGACAGUAUUUAUCGGGGAAAAAUCUGGAAGAGAAACUGUUUGAGUCAACGACCAAAGUUAUUCAAUUGAUGAAACAGAAAGUAGGAGAACCGACAGAUAUUACCAAAUAUAUGAGUUUGGUUGUUUUCAAUAUGCUGCAUGGAGUUUGUUUUAGUAAACGGUUCGAUUUGGAAGAUGAAUUGUUUAUAAAACUAUUGAAUAAUUUGGAUAAAUUUGGUGAAGAAAUAAGUACUGGAGUGCUAGAAGAUAUAGUUCCACUGUUGAAAUACUGGCCAACUAAACGUUUCCAACGAAUUAUUCACUAUCACCACUCGAACGUCAACUUUAUUCGAUCAGAAUUCGAAGCCCAUAAAGAGAACUUUUCAGAAGGAAACUUAAAAGAUGUGACUGAUUUUUUAAUUCAUGCUAGAAACCAGGAAGCACUAGAAGAUCCUACAAUAAAAACUUUAAUCACCGACGAGCACUUGGUACAUACAAUAUCGGAUGUAUUUGGAGCUGGAGUUGAUACAUCCAGACAAUCCCUGACGUGGACCAUCUACUUAUUGGUGGAGAAUCCCCGGGUACAGAAAGCUGCCCAGGAUGAAAUUGACAACGUUUUAAGUGUAGACCAGCAACCUACCUUACGUGAUAGAGAAAGAUUACCCUACACUGAAGCUGUUCUUCACGAGAGUUUAAGAAUGCAUUCACCAGCACCAAUGGGUGUCCCUCACUGCACAACUGCCGAUAUCACUAUAGGAGGAUAUGACAUUCCUAAAGGUUCAACUCUGUUCACCAACUUCUGGGCGUUACAAAUGGACCCGGAAGUAUGGGGUGACCCGGAAGUGUUUAGACCUGAGCGAUUCUUGGACGAAGAUGGUAAACUUGCGCCAAAGAAUGCAUCAUGGAUGCCAUUUUCAGCUGGGAGAAGAAACUGUCUAGGGGAGACAAUCGCCAGACCAGAAUUACACUUGAUUCUGACCCUGUUGUUGAGAAACUUCAGCUUUAGUAAAGGAGAACAUCCUGAGGGUAAACCAUGGAGUAUAGACCCAGCCAGUGAAGGUGGAUUUCUGUCGAAGCCUCCCUCAAAUUUUAUAGUUGUGACCUCCAGGUCCUGAAUUAGCCUCGUUUUUACGAGGGGUGGGUAGCAGAAACAGGGCCAUUGCUUUAUCCCCCUUUCCCUCUCACAUUCAAAGUUUCUUUCUAUUAUACACAGUGAAAGAUUUGCCUGUGAGCGCACCUUUACAAAUUUGUGGCGCCUUACCCCAUCCUUCAGUGAAAAAAUCUACUUACACAAAUUUUCAGUCCGAGAAAUUUUGUCGGACGUUUUUUUCGUAGAUAAUUUCAAUGAUUAUUGUUUCAUGUUUUGUCGUUGAUGGAAUACAAUGUUUUUACAAAGUU